UCCCACCAGCCUUCUUCUCUUUAUUUGGACAUGUUCAAACUUGUCUAACAUGACUACUAAACCGGCGGACAACCAAAUUAUUUAUACCCUAAAACUCCUAUGUACUUAAUUUAAACAAGAAACAACUAACCAAUUAUGUGCAGGUAUUUAUAUAUAAAAAAUAAAAUAUACAUAACUUGUUUACUUUUCUCUUGUAUUAUUAUCAGCUUUAGUACUCCAUUGACUUGCUCCCUUUAAAUAUUCUUGUCAGACCUCCUUAUAUUUUCUCACAUUUGUCUUUUGGCAAAAAAAUAUAAUGCUUUUUUCCUCCUUUUCACCAUCUACAAAAUUUGCAUCUCCUUCUUUCCUUCCAACCUUUGACUCUCUAAUAUUUCCAAUGGAUCAACCGGAAAACAACUCCGGAAAGUCACCAAGAAGAGAGCUACAAGGACCCCGACCGGCCCCACUAAAAGUACGUAAAGAUUCUCAUAAAAUCCGAAAACCACCGGUAGGGCCGUCACAACACCACUACCAACCACCACAAGCUCCACCACGACCGCCAGUUAUUAUAUAUACCGUGUCACCCAAGGUAAUCCAUGCAAACCCUAGCGAGUUCAUGACGUUAGUACAAAGACUCACAGGACCGGAUCAUAAUUCCAAGUGUUCCACCUCAGCAAAUGCCACGUCAUCAUCCUCGUCCUCGUCUUUCUUGCCUUUUCAAGAAAAUAUGAACGCCGGCGCGAUAUCUCCAGCUGCUAGGUUUGCAUCCAUAGAGAAAACAAGGACACCGGAAGGGAAAAAAUUACAACAAAUUUGUGACAUGGGAAAUAAUUAUAUGGUACAUGAAGGUAUAGAAAUAGGGACAGAAAUUGAAAGAAGUGGAUUUUUUCCUGGUAUUUUAUCACCAAAUCCAUCUUCUCUUCCACCUAUACCACCAAAUUUCUUCUCACCGCCAUCUCAUGAUCCAAAUACACUAGGGUUUUUCUAUGACUUAAGCCCCGUGUUACAUAGUAACAAGAAUUAUUUUGAACCUAGUUUUUUGCCUAGCCCUUCCAAUAAUAAUUUCAUUUCUCCAAGAUUGUUUUUAUCUCCAGGUACUCCAUCUUUAGACCUUUUCAAUAAUUUAUUUGACGUUUAGUUAAUUACCCUGUAAAGAGGAAACAUAGAAGAGAAACUUGUAAUUUGUGCCUCAAAAUUCUUCAAUGGUGAGGAUGUGGAGGGGCGGAAAUGGAAUUUCAGAUGUUUUGUAAAGGUGGUCAAACAGCAGCUAGGAUGGGAAAAAAAAAAGUCAAACACCAGCUAGGGUGUUUCUCAUAAGUGAAGGUUCUUUGUUUUUUACUAUUUUGCCCCUCUGUAUUGGAAAAUUAUGGUCCAUUUUAUCAGCAUUUUGGCUCAAUGUUAGAUUUUGAUUUUGUAUCUGUGCUUUGAUAUCAUCACAUUUUUUGUUACACAUUUUGGCUUGUAAUUCCAGAGUAUAUAACAUCACUAAUCUAUUGAAUUAUGUA